UUAUUAAUCUAUCUCCACUUACAAGCUAAGAAAACUAUGUUAUUGGAAAUGAAACAGCAUGGAAUAUAAGUAUUCGAACGGCGACGAAAGCUCGGGGAUGUAUACAGGAAAGGGAAAUACUACCAAGAGGGAACAGUGGGGCAGAAAGUUGGAUUACAUAUUAACAAUUCUCGGUUUUCUGGUGGGAUUCGGAAAUAUCUGGAGGUUCCCUUAUAUAUGUAUGAGGAAUGGCGGCGGUGCGUUCCUGAUACCGUACGUCCUUACGCUGUUCCUUAUGGUCAUCCCAGUGUAUUUUCUGGAAGUGUCGCUGGGACAGUUUUCUGGGAAAUCAUUCAAAGAUGUAUGGAGCUAUUGUCCACUAGUCAAAGGAAUGGGUGUAGGUUUACAGGUUAUGCUGGUGCCUUGCUUGUGUUAUUACAUCAUGCUGAUGACGUGGGUGAUGAAUUACAUGUACCAUACAUUCUACAACCCGCUAACCUGGAGUACGUGUGGAAACGAAUGGAACACGCCUUACUGUUUUAGCUUCACGGGUAACACAGGUCAACAAUUGAUGGCAAACACGUCUACCUUGUAUAGUCUUAACAAAACAGGUCAUGACCUUUAUAACUUUGCAAGUAAUCAAGAGGGCAAUACCAGUGACAGAAACCUUGUGCAUGACCAGUUUAUGUCGAGAAUAAAUUCGAGCCUGACGAACGUGACAUUGCGAGCAACAAAGGGUCAUAGUGCGGAAGAGGAAUUCUGGCAAUACAAGGUGCUUGACAUAUCCUCCGGACUGGAUGUCAUUGGCUCGCUGAACGGACAUUUGGUGCUGUGUCUAGUCCUAGCCUGGAUUGUAGUGUACGUGUGUGUCAUCAAGGGUAUCAAGUCGACAGGAAAGGUAGUGUAUGUGACCGCCACACUUCCGUACCUACUUCUCACCAUCCUCCUCGUCCACAACCUCACGUUACCGGGAUCAUUGGAUGGAAUUGUAUUUUUCAUCAAACCAGACUUCAGAUCUCUUAUGAAUAUCCAGGUUUGGCUAGAAGCUGCUAUUCAGGUUUUCUAUUCGGUGUCGAUUGGAUGGGGACUACACAUCACAUUGGCGAGUUAUAGCAAAUUUGAUAACAAUUGUCUGAGAGACACAUUUAUCAUGACUCUUGCUGGAGAGGGAACAAGUGUGUUUGGCGGGUUUGUUAUCUUUUCUGCACUCGGGUUCAUGGCUCAUGAGGCGAAUGUUCCCCUUACCGAAGUCGUAAAAUCAGGGCCAGGGUUAGGAUUUGUGGCCUACCCUAUGGCUUUAGCACAAAUGCCCCUUCCGAAUCUGUGGGCAGCAUUAUUUUUCAUCGCCAUGAUAACACUCGGGUUAGACAGUCAGUUCACUAUUACAGAGAUUACAUACGUGUAUUUUGAGGAUUGCUUUCCGUUUAUGAAGAAAAAACAAAUGAUCUCCAGAGCAUGUUUAUCUAUGAUCGGCAUUGUGCUAAGUUUGCCAUUUUGUACACAGGCAGGAGUGUACCUGUUCCAGCUGUUUGACUGGUAUCUAGCUGCAUUUUCUCCGUUGUUUUUUACAUUGAUAGAGUGUACCUCAGUAGCCUGGUUGUUCGGUACGUAUUACCACAAUAUUACAGUGUCUUGAAUGAAACGUAAUCUGUAUAUAAGUACUUUCCUACCUCAUGGCAGGUCACAUACAAAUGGCGGGAAAUGCAAAAUUUUCCCAAGCAUGUGCUUUGUUUGACCCGGAUCAACCUUGCAGGUUUCAUCUAAAUCAACAGAAAACGUGGUUUUAUUCUCCUUGUACCUUUGUAUGGUUUCAGGAAUAUCUCUUUAUUUGCAUACUUUUCACAAGCAUCAUUGAUUUCGAGCUUGAAUUGAACCUUUAUUUCCGUUGGUAUUCUCUCGGGUGAUUGUUAGUAUUUACAUGUCCAUAUAG